UAACUUAACCUACGUAUCAUUCGGCGUCGAUAACUGCGCAUUGUGUUCUUUUCAUACAUUUCUGCACAGGUUUAUGUUUGGCAGAAAAGCAACACCUAUGGUGCUUUUAUCUAUUAUUAAAUAAGGGUUAAAGGACUAUUUACUCCUAUCCAGUAAAACCUUUCCCCUGAGGGUUGUGCGUAGGUUGUGAUGAAAACCAAAAUGGCGUUUAGCUUAGACAGGAUGAACGGUGGAUAGCUAACGAAGAAAACUGGUAACAACCACAUCUCUUGGUGCUUGUUUAUGAAUCAGGUCAAACAACGAAAGUGCCAAUUUGGUGAGACUUUUAGAACUAAGGGGGAAAAAGAAGUUUCUCACCGAAUAUUCUCUUCGGUCACCCAACCACCGAGACUCGGAGCGCUGGGAUGGGCUGAAAGCGGAGGCCGUAGAUGUGCAGCCACCCAGAGAGUGACCCAGUGCUGAACAAUAGACCCUGUGAUCAUCCAAGACAUUGACACGGCCCGGACGAUUUUUCAGUAAAACUGGGUUAAUUUUCACUCCGAAGCAACACCAGAACGUAUUUGAAGAAGUGCACAGACGAAGUGCUGGAAUAAAUUUUAGUUAGGGCGAUGGAGGGAGGAGAUGAGUUUGUGCCGCCUCCGGAAUGUCCAGUGUUUGAGCCGUCAUGGGAGGAGUUUGAAGAUGCGCUCGGUUACAUCGCCAAGAUCCGCCCAAUCGCAGAGAAGUCUGGAAUAUGCAAGAUUCGGCCUCCACCAGACUGGCAGCCUCCCUUUGCUGUGGAGGUGGACAAUUUCCAUUUCACACCCCGUAUACAGAGACUUAAUGAACUAGAGGCUGAGACGAGAGUGAAGCUGAAUUAUCUAGACCGAAUUGCCAAGUUUUGGGAGAUCCAGGGGUCCUCCCUCAAAAUACCCAACAUAGAGAGACACAUUCUAGACCUGUACAGCUUGGCCAAGAUCGUCACCGAAGAGGGGGGCUUUGAGGCAGUAAGCAAGGAGAGGAGAUGGGCGCGCGUAGCUCAGAAGCUCGGCUACCCACCAGGCAAAAACAUCGGCUCCCUCCUGAGGUCACACUAUGAGAGGAUUGUGUACCCCUUCGAGAUGUUCCAGUCUGGUGCCAGCCUGCCGCCAUGUAAACCCAGGCCAUAUGAGAGUGAUGAUGUGGAUAAGGAGUACAAGCCCCAUUCAAUUCCCCUGCGUCAGUCGGUCCAGCCUUCUAAGAUGAGUAGUUAUGGGCGGCGAGCCAAUCGCCUGCAACCUGAGAGUCCAGAGGAUCCGACCCACCACCCUCUUACCACUGGCUCUCAACACAUCUCCUCGCCGGAGCCCACCGAGGAGGACAUAGAGAAGAACCCCGAGCUGAAGAAAUUGCAGAUCUACGGCGCUGGACCCAAGAUGAUGGGACUAGGCCUGGUCCCACGAGACAAGGCCAGGAAGAAAGAUGAACUCCCUCAGACUGUAAUAGUUAGAGAGAGCAGUGCUGCUAGCAACAUUAAAGAAGAGGCGGGAGAGAUGCAGGUCACGAGGCUGGACGGAGACCUCCAGCCUCCACCCCUGAACCUGGUCGUGAAGGAUGAGGUGAAGAUGAAGGAAGAGGAUGAGGGCAGUACAGACGACCCCGGGAAAGACGAACCCUGCACCAAGAUGACCAUGAGGCUCCGACGCAACCUCAGCAAUCCUCAGUUUGUGGACUCGUUUGUCUGCCGAAUGUGUGGCCGGGGGGACGAUGACGAGAAGCUGCUCCUGUGUGAUGGCUGUGAUGACAAUUACCACACUUUCUGCCUCCUGCCCCCCCUCACAGACCCUCCCAAGGGCAACUGGCGCUGCCCAAAAUGUGUGGCUGAGGAAUGCAAAAAGCCCGCCGAAGCGUUUGGUUUCGAGCAGGCCACUCGGGAAUACACAUUACAGAGUUUUGGUGAAAUGGCGGACACGUUUAAGGCUGACUACUUCAACAUGCCUGUACAUAUGGUUCCUACAGAGCUGGUCGAGAAGGAGUUCUGGCGGUUGGUUAGCAGCAUUGAGGAGGAUGUAACGGUAGAAUACGGAGCUGACAUUCACUCAAAAGAGUUUGGGAGCGGCUUCCCUGUCAAAAAUGGCAAAAGACAUUUGUCGGAGGAAGAUGAGGAGUAUGCCCGCAGCGGCUGGAACCUGAACGUCAUGCCAGUGUUGGAUCAGUCAGUAUUGUGCCACAUCAAUGCGGAUAUCUCAGGCAUGAAGGUGCCAUGGUUGUAUGUGGGCAUGGUCUUCUCUGCUUUCUGCUGGCACAUCGAGGAUCACUGGAGUUACUCCAUCAACUACUUGCACUGGGGGGAGCCCAAGACGUGGUACGGCGUCCCAGCCGUAGCAGCAGAGAAGUUGGAGGAAGUGAUGAAGAAGCUCACUCCAGAGCUCUUCGAGUUCCAGCCAGACCUGCUCCAUCAGCUCGUCACAAUCAUGAACCCCAAUAUCCUCAUGGCCCACGGAGUGCCAGUUGUGCGUACCAAUCAGUGUGCAGGAGAGUUUGUCAUCACUUUCCCUCGAGCAUAUCACAGCGGCUUCAAUCAGGGAUACAACUUUGCCGAAGCCGUCAACUUCUGCACCGCAGACUGGCUGCCCAUGGGCCGCUCAUGCAUCGAGCACUACCGCCGACUCCGCCGCUACUGCGUCUUCUCGCACGAGGAGCUCACCUGCAAGAUGGCCGCCUGCCCGGAGAAGCUGGACCUGAACCUGGCGGCUGCCACGCAUCGCGAGAUGUUCAUCAUCGUGCAGGAGGAGCGGAAGCUCCGCAAGGCCCUGCUGGAGAAGGGCAUAACCGAGGCUGAACGGGAGGCGUUCGAGCUGCUGCCCGAUGACGAGCGCCAGUGUGACAAGUGCAAGACCACAUGCUUCCUCUCGGCGCUGGCCUGCACCAACUGCACUGAGCGCCUCGUCUGCCUCUACCACACGCAGGACCUCUGCUCCUGCUCCACAGACAAACUCUACCUCAGGUAUCGCUACACUCUGGACGAGCUGUUGGCCAUGCUGCACAGGCUGAAGGUUCGGGCCGAGUCUUUCGACUCUUGGGCCAACAGAGUGAAGGAGGCCCUCGAGCAGGAGGAGGGCAACAGAAUAGGCAUUAAAGACUUGGAGGCGCUGAAGGAGGAGGCAGCCGAGCGGAAGUUUCCGGACAACGAGUUGCUGCAGCGCCUCUCGGCCGUGCUGGCCGACAUCGAGCGGUGCCGGAGCAGGAGCGCCGAGCUGCUCGGCGGCACACCUAGUGAACGGCCCAGCCUGCAGGAGCUGCGCACGCUGGUGGACACCAUGCUCAACCUGCCCUGCGUGAUGGAGCAGCUGGAGGAGGUGCAGGCUGUGCUCCAGAAGGUGGAGGAGUUCGACUCGCGUGCCCAGGCCUUGGUGAGCAGCGGUGGGGCCGAGUGGAAGCAGCCAUCUCCCGGCCCGUCGGCAGCCCACGUCCAGGCCCUGCUGGAGGAGGGUGCGCUGCUGCCCGUGGCAGCCCCGGCAUGCGAGCUGCUGGCGGGGCUCCAGGAGCAGGGCCGCUGGCUGGGGCAGGUGCGGCACACCCUGAGGCCCGCGGGCGGUGAGGUGACGCUGGCCGUGCUGCGCAGCCUUAUGGAGGCCGGCUGCAACGUGCCGCAGAGCGUGAGCGUGGAGACUGCCAUGGGCGAGCUGCAGGAGCUGCUCACCAUCGCCGAGCGCUGGGAGGAGAAGGCCCAGAUCUGCCUGGAGCACAGACAGAAGCAUCCUCUCUCCACUUUGGAGGCCAUCGUGAACGAGGCCCAGCUCAUCCCCGUGCAGCUGCCCAACAUCCAAUCACUGCAGGCGUGUCUGACCCGGGCCCGGGCCUGGGUCACGGACCUGGAGGAGAUCCAGAACGGCGAGCACUACCCGUGCCUGGAUGAUCUGGAGGGCCUGGUGGCCAUCGGCCGUGACCUGCCCGUGCGCAUGGAGGAGCUGCGGCAGCUGGAGCUGCAGGUGGCCAGUGCCCACUCCUGGAGGGACAAGGCCAGCAAGACCUUCCUGAAGAAGAGCAGCCAGCACAGCCUGCUUGAGGUCUUGUGUCCAUGUGUGGAGAAGAGUAAGAAAAGGGAGGAAGACCUUCUGAGCUCAGAAGCAGACUCUGAUGUCAAUGUGCUGGGCCUCACUGCUCAGGACCUCCGAGACCCAGGAGCCAUUGUAAUGGCAUUCAAAGAGGGUGAGCGGCAGGAGAAAGAGGCCCUCCUACGUCUGCAGCAGCUCAACCUGGCCAAACCGGACCUGGAUAACACCCCCAGGGAGCAGAGGUGGAGCGACUCGGCCAACCCGGACACACCCCUCCCCUCGGACCUCUCGCCGCAGCAGAACGGUGGCUCCUCCCCUUCCCCCACAUCCAGCCAGCCGGUGUGCGUUUGCGGCGGCGUGCCCCGCCCUUUGCUCUAUCGCUGCCAGCUGUGCAAAGACUUGUUCCAUGGAGGCUGCGUGCCUUUCCCCUCUGUGUUAAGCCCUGUUAACUUGCCCAUCGCCAACCCCCUCUGCUGGUGGGACUGGGACACGUGCUUCCUGUGCCUGCGGUGCCAGCGCUCCCGUCGCCCACGGUUAGAGACCAUCCUGGCCCUGCUGGUGGCCCUGCAGAGGCUGCCUGUGCGGCUGCCCGAGGGCGAGGCCCUGCAAUGCCUCACCGAGAGGGCCAUCAACUGGCAGGGCCAAGCCAAACAGGUGCUGGACACCCCCGAACUGCAGGGGGCGCUGCAGAGGCUGCAGGAACUGAAAGAAAUGCAGACCAGGGAUGAAAAUGAGGAGCACAAAGAGGAGAAUAAAGGGAACAGGGAGGACGUGAUCGUGCUGUCGGACUCGGACGAGCAGGAGGACGCCGUGAUCGAUCUGACGGAGGAUGGAGAGACUCAGAAGAAGGACAGAGAGAAUACUCCUAAUGGACUCCAGUCCGGCCUUGAAAAUGGCAUUAAAAAGCCUGAAAUUCCCAGUGUUACAGGGGUGGAGUCUCUGGUGGCAUUGAUCCCACGUCUUAAAGGGCCAGUAAUCGAGCUGGUCCCCUCGACAAGAGCGCAGUUAGAGGAACUGCUACUAGAGGGCGACCUGCUGGAGGUCACGCUCGACCAGACGCACACCAUCUACCGACUCCUGCAAGCGGCGUCACCUCCACCCCGCCAUUCCCUAAACACACUCAUACAGAUGGAGCUGCAGGAACAGAAGCGCUCAGGUCGUGCCGGCAAGAUGAAAGACUCCAAAAGGAAGAGGAAGACACAGAAAGCUGAAGGGGGAACCUCAGAGGCUUCAGAUUCCAAGAAAACGAGACCCGUUAACCACACACCUGUACAGACGCCCCAAGAGAUCUUGUGAUGAAUUGUGAUGGGAAACUAUGGCGUGGAUAAUAGUCCCACGGAGUAACUGCUCAGAAAGGCUCUCUGGGCCAAAGAACUAGAGAUUACACACACCAACUGAGCUUUCACACACACUGUCCAUGCUUCUGUUCCUUUUGUGAACACUCCCUCCAUCUCGCUCUGCUGUCAACUUUGUCAAUCCCUCCUCGUUUAUCUCUGACUGUCAUCGCCUCUGUCCCGCUGAUGCGCAUCUGUCCCUUUCGGCCACACCCAUCUCGUCUGCUUUAGCAUAUUAAUGGGCUGGCUGUACUAAACAGCACUAACCCCCACCCCCGGCAAACACCAACUUACUUAUCCUGCAUAAUGUGACAGUGUCUAGCCACACACACACACACACACACAAACAAACACAGGUUUGGUGGCGUCGGAUGUACAAAGAGGAGUGUGGCACGGCUGCCAUAACAGUACUUGUAUUUUUUAUGUAUUGAGUCUCGUGUUUUGUUGAGGCUGUCAAGGGAGACACAAUUUUUGAAUAAACUAAUAGAACAUUUUAGGAAGUGUGGGGCAUGGGGGGAGGGCUGGGAAUAUAAAACAAAAGGAAAAAAACAAAAAAAAUGCAUUGUUUUGGUGCUACUUUCCCAAAAUAGGUCACUGCAUAUAAUACCCCUUCUCUUCUGUAUCUGUUGACUCUUAAUUUUAAAUCACAAGAUUCUUUUACUUUUCUCUGACGCUUUUAUGUUCUGCUGUCUCUCUUCGCUCACCUUUCUUUCCUGAGUCCAAGGAACUGUACAAACACCUCACUGUAACUCACUUUAUCUGCAUUUUUAUUUGUCUUGGGUUCUAAUAAUUAUUAUAUUAUUAUUGAUAUUGCAUACAAGCAAUUGUUGUGAGUUUGUGUAUAAACAUUUUUCAUUUCAAUGUUGCCUUUUCUUUUUCACUCUUGUUAGAGAAUAAAGGUUUAGAAUUGUU